GUGUAGGGCGUGAAGUUGAAGUGGAAAUUGAUUGCUGUGUUUGUACUUUAAUUGGCUUAACAGCCUCUAUAUUGGCAAUUACAUUAAUUUAUAAUGUUCCUUCAUUGUCAUAGCUAGAAAUUGAAAUAUGUGGAAAUCAUAGAAGUUACGAAAUAUUCGUUCCAGCCUUGUAUUCUCUUAUUGUGGUGGCAUGCACAAUCCGCUGGACAUGGCGCGCUCUGGCGAGCCGCCGUCCCGCAAGCGGCGCGCCCUGCCGCGGUUCUCUCUGCAGCGGCUGCUGUUUGGGUCUCCGAGGAAGCGCCGCUCGGCCCGCUCCGCCUCCAGGUCCAGCGGCAACGGUGGCCCAGAACGGGUGGUCUCCCUGGAGAGUUUGGCUGUGGCGGGCCCCUCGCACCUGAGCGCCAUGGAAGCGAUCGGCGAGGACGUCAUGAUCGAGUGCCCGGUGUGUCUGGACACCCUGCCGGCAUCCAGUUUCCCGCGGCUCACCUACUGCUCGCACAAGAGCUGCCACGCCUGUCUCAAACAGUACCUGACCAUUGAGAUCAUGGAGUCGCGGGUGCGCAUCAUGUGCCCGCAGUGCAGCGAGCCUCUGCACCCCACUGACAUCAAGCACAUUGUGGAGGACCCGGCGCUGAUGAACAAGUACGACGAGUUCAUGGUGCGCCGGGCGCUGGCCACGGACGCCGACGCCCGCUGGUGUCCGGCGCCCGACUGCGGGUACGCGGUGAUCGCGGCCGGCUGCGCCAGCUGCCCGCGCCUCGAGUGCGGCCGGCCCGGCUGCAGCGCCUCGUUCUGUUACCACUGCCAGGCCGAGUGGCACCCGAACCAGACGUGUGACGCGGCGCGCUCCGAGCGGCUGGCGCAGUUCCGACCGAGCGCUGCCGGCGGGCAGCAGUCGCCCACCAGCUCGCUCAGCGGCGACAACAUCAAGAACUGUCCGCGCUGUCGGAUAGUGAUUGUGAAGAUGGACGAUGGUUCGUGUAACCACAUGACGUGCGGUCUGUGCGGCGCGGAGUUCUGCUGGCUCUGCAUGCAGGAGAUCUCCGACCUGCACUACCUCAGUCCGUCCGGCUGCACGUUCUGGGGCAAGAAGCCUUGGAGCCGGAAGAAGAAGAUCCUCUGGCAGCUGGGCACGCUGGUGGGCGCUCCGGUGGGCGUCGCUCUGCUGGCCGGGAUCGCCGUGCCCGCCAUGAUCAUCGGCAUCCCGGUCUGGGUCGGAAAGAAGCUCUACGUGCGCUACCGGUCGGGCAACAAGCACCGGCGUAACGCGUUCAUCGGAGGCGGCGUGCUUCUGGCGGCUCUGACGUCUCCGGCGCUGUCGCUGAUGGCAGUCAGUAUCGGCGUGCCCAUCCUGCUCGCCUACAUCUACGGCGUCGUACCGUUCUCGCUGUGCCGCGCCGGCGGCUGCGGACUCUCCACCACGCCGCAGGGCGUCCGGUUCGAGUUCGACGACGAGAACGACGCGCUGGACCUCGCCGCCGGCGCCCGACAGACCGACGCUGGCAGCAGCGACACGCUGUCACACCGUCCCGGCACGCCGUACCCCUCCAUCGGCGAGGGGUUCGGCCUGUGGGCGUCCAGCUCUCAGCUGGACCGCGCCAUUACCGGACCCGGCGAGAGUGACCGCGAGUCGGCGAGCGUCACAGCUGUGGCGCCCGACAGCCUGACGCCGAGCGUCUACAGCGGCGGCGCCACCAGCACCUGCCGGAUGGAGGCCGGCACCGGGAAGCGGCUCAGUUUCUGUAGUGACGCCCGCUCGGAGCGCUCCCUGGGCGAGGCCGGCUCCCUGGCUGCCGACGCGCGCUCUGAGCGCUCUGUGGGCACCACCUCCCUGCUGGACGACCAGCCGGGCGCCAGCACGCGCGCCCUGGCUGGCAGCAUCGUCAGCUACAAGAUGUCAGACACGCUGUCGCAGCUGUCGACGGCCGAGCACGGCGGCCGCUCGGUGUCUCCCGGCUCGAGUUUUUCCGGGGACGAGACGGCUGCGCUGGCGGCCGGCCGGCGCUUUGGAAGGCGCGCCACGCUCGACAGACAGGGCAGCUGUGCCGACGACACGGCCUCGACCCGCAGCAGCGCGCGCGGCGACGACGAGCUGUCGGUGCGCUGGAUCGACGAGGGGCCGCCGCCGCCGACGGCCGGCGGAGCCCGCUGGCCGGCCGGCCGGCGCCCCCGGCGCUCCCGGGCGGCCGCCGUGCGCGCCGAGCUGGCCGCGCCGCACGUGGCCACCGUGUCGUCAGCGGCGGCGGCGGCGGCGGCGGCCGACCUGCCGCCGGUGGACGCCGGCGUCGAGCGCCGCGUGCCCGGGAAGGCGGGUGCGCCGCGGGCGCGCUCCUCGGAGCUGCUGCUGGUGCACGGCCGCGCGCCGCCGGCGCCGCAGCCGCAGCAGGCGCUCAGGAAAUCCCUGCCGUGUCUGCUGACGGCGCCGCUGGUCGACUGACCCCCGGCAGACGCAGACGCCGCCGCCAGGUCCGCUGCUCGCACCGCCGCCGCCGCCGCCGCCGCCGCCGCCGCUGGUCACCGUGGCAUGUGUGUCUUUCAUGUUAGUCCUCAAAUUAUCGCCUAGUGGACACCGCGUUUCCCAGCUUGUAUGUAUGGACGGGGGCCGGGCGGGUGUGGCGGGUCUACGGCCGCGCACAGGCCCGGCCCGGACCGCGCAGUCAGUGUAUGUGUCGCCGCGGGCUCGUGUAACAUGCCUCUUCUGUCCGUGUAUGGUACUGGCCGCGCGCUGCGCGCCGCCCCUCGGCCGUCUGACGCGCCCACCAGUCCUUGUUGCGCGGUGCCGCCGCCGUCCGAGCCGCUCUGUGCCGGCGGCCGCUGUCAGUCCGUGUCGCGUUACCGUGUCGCUCCGCACAGCGCGGCCGCCACAGUCGAGGCCAGCGCCCACUGACCGCUAUAGCUCUAGACGCGUGUUUGAUAUGCUCAAAUAUAACGUGGCGCGACUGCUUAUCGUUUGUCCCCGCCGCUGGUUGAUUGUUGUGAGGGGCGGAGAGGAGUCGGAUCUGACCUGACCUCUGCUCUGACUGCGCUGGUGUGGGAAACGGACCCCAGUUGGAGAGGAGCGGCCAAUAUAUCGACUCGAGUGUGCCGGCCGCUAUCUGUGUUGUGCGAAACGGAUGGUGGGUGUAUCGUAAAGGAAAAUAUACGUCAAAGUCUUAGGUUGGAAA